GCAGAGGCCAUGCCACUGAAACAUUAUCUCCUUUUGCUGGUGGGCUGCCAAGCCUGGGGUGCGGGCCUGGCCUACUAUGGCUGCCCUAGCGAGUGCACCUGCUCCAGGGCCUCCCAGGUGGAGUGUACCGGGGCACGCAUCAUGGCCAUGCCCACCCCUCUGCCCUGGAACGCCAUGAGCCUGCAGAUCCUCAACACACACAUCACCGAGCUCAGUGAGUCACCAUUCCUCAACAUCUCAGCCCUCAUUGCCCUGAGGAUUGAGAAGAACGAGCUGUCUCGCAUCAUGCCUGGAGCCUUCCGCAACCUGGGCUCACUGCGCUACCUCAGUCUCGCCAACAACAAGCUUCAGGUUCUGCCCGUCGGCCUCUUCCAGGGCCUGGACAACCUUGAGUCGCUCCUUCUGUCCAGCAACCAGCUGAUGCAGAUCCAGCCGGCCCACUUCUCCCAGUGCAGCAACCUCAAGGAAUUGCAGUUGCAUGGCAACAACCUGGAAUACAUCCCUGAUGGUGUCUUCAACCACCUGGUGGGCCUCACCAAACUCAAUCUGGGCAAGAAUAGCCUCACGCACCUCUCACCCAGGGUCUUCCAGCACCUGGGCAACCUCCAGGUCCUCCGGCUGUAUGAGAACAGGCUCUCGGACAUCCCCAUGGGCACUUUUGAUGGGCUUGACAACCUCCAGGAACUGGCCCUCCAACAGAACCAGAUCAGUAGACUCUCCCCAGGCCUCUUCCACAACAACCGUAACCUCCAGAAACUCUAUCUGUCUAACAACCACAUCUCCCAGCUGCCUCCUGGCAUCUUCAUGCAGCUGCCCCAGCUCAACCGUCUUACACUCUUUGGGAAUUCCCUGAAGGAGCUCACCCCAGGGAUCUUUGGGCCCAUGCACAACCUGCGGGAGCUCUGGAUCUACGACAAUCACAUCACUUCCCUACCUGACAACGUCUUCAGCAACCUCAGCCAGUUGCAGGUCCUGGUCCUAAGCCGAAACCAGAUCAGCUUCAUCUCCCCGGGGGCCUUCAGUGGGCUGAUGGAGCUGCGGGAGUUGUCGCUCCAUACCAAUGCACUGCAGGAGUUGGACGGGAACAUCUUCCGCAUUUUGGCUAACCUGCAGAAUAUCUCCCUGCAGAACAAUCGCCUCAGACAGCUCCCUGGGAAUAUCUUCGCCAACGUCAAUGGCCUCAUGACCAUCCAGCUGCAGAACAACCAGCUGGAGAACCUGCCCUUGGGCAUCUUCGAUCACUUGGGGAACCUGUGUGAGCUUCAGCUCUAUGAUAACCCCUGGAGAUGUGACGCGGACAUCCUUCCACUCCGCAACUGGCUCGUUCUCAACAGACCCAGGUUGGGGACGGCUGCCCUCCCGGUGUGUUUCAGCCCAGCCAAUGUCCGAGGCCAGUCCCUUGUCAUUGUUAAUGUCAGUAUCGCUGUCCCCAGUGUCCAGGUCCCUGAGGUGCCCAGCUACCCAGAAAUGCCACAAUACCCAGACACGUCCAGCUACCAUGAUACCACCUCCAUCUCCUAUACCACUGAGUACACCAGCCCCAUGGAGGACUAUACCGACCUGACCACCAUUGGAAGCACUGAGGACCGUGGCACAUGGGGCAUGACCCGUGCCCAGAGCGGGCUGGCCAUUGCCGCCAUUGUCAUUGGCAUCAUUGCCCUGGCCUUCUCCAUGGCGGCCUGCAUCUGCUGUUGGUGCUGCAAGCAGCGGGGCCACACAGUCCUGAUGCAAAUGAAGGCACCCAAUGAGUGUUAA